CAAAACCCUAGUCUCGGUAUUUUCGCCACAAACAAUUCAUCAGAGAGAGAAAAAAUCACGGCGAAAAUGGCUCCCAAAACCCCAGCUGCUUCUCUCCUCUCUCAUCAGCCUUCAAAAGAGAAACCAGAAAAUGAGAAUCCCUCUUCCUCCGACGAAGAAGAUGAUGAUGACGUGGAGGCGGAUACCGAAGAAGACGGAGAAGAUUCCGACCAAACAGAGGAAGGAUCAUCGUCUGAAGAUGAUGAAGAAGAAGACACAGAUCUGAAAAAGGUGGGCAACAACGAAACCCUAAUUCCAGCUGUUGCCGAAUCCGAUGCGAAACCGGUUGCCGAAGGUGACGAUUCGGAUUCCGACCCGGAUUCGGAAGGCUCGCCUUCCGAUUACAAGAUGCAGCCCAUACCCAAGCCUGCCGCAACCCUAGCUAAACGCGCCAAUCCGGAGAGUGACGUCACUCAGACUCCUCUGAGAAGCUGCAAGAAGUCCAAAACCGAAGACGGCAAGGCAAAUCCUUCUGCUUCCACCCCGGGCUUUAUCACCAGGCUUUGGACCAAUGACGACGAGAUCGCCGUGCUGAAUGGGAUGAUCGAGUUCCGGAGCCAGAAACGGGUCGACCCGGGUUCCGAUUUGGGCGAUUUUCACGGUUUCGUGAAAGGGAAUUUGCAUGCUGAUUUCUCCAAGGAGCAGCUGAAAACAAAGAUUAGCAGGCUUAAGAAGAGGUUCGUCACCGCUCUGAAGAGAUUCGAACACAAUCGCUCCGAACCCGUGUUCACUAAGCAGAGCGACGCAAUCGCCUUUGAACUCUCCAAGAAAAUAUGGGGCGCUUCGAUUUCGAUUAGCAAAGGCGGUAAGAAAACAACAACAACAAAGAGAAACAAUGGCAAGGGUAAAGAUGCUGCUGCUGCCGCCGUGCACGAGAAGGAGGCUGUGAAGGAACAAAAUGGCGCCGAAGAAGUCGACUUUUGGUCCAAGUACAAGUAUAUCAGCGAGUCGUUCGAUAACAUGACUGUGAAGUUUCCUUCUUUGGCCAUGUCGUCGGCUGCGGCAAAUGCCUUCAAGGAAAAGUUGAGCUCGAUUGGGAAUGCGGAUGCGAAGCAGUUGGACGACAAGUGGAGGAAGUUGAUCAUGGAGGAGAUUGAGCUCAACUACAAGAUGCUUGAUUUGAUGACGCAACAGUGGAAGAUGGCUCUCGAUAAGUGAACAGGUAACAACCAAAGUUAGCGAAAGCAAGUUUAUAUUUUUGCUCGACUUUAGUAUCGGUUGAGUUAUGGGGUGAAUCUUUAGUUUCGCUUAGUGAUAUAGAACUUUUUUGAAUUUCGUAAAAUCGUAGACUUGGGUUCACUGUUUAGUGGCCGUUGGUUUGGUAUGAAUUUCGAUCUGAACUACAUAUGAUGAAACCCUUAUGGGUUAAUUUUAAGUAUUACUCCUUAUUUGGUAAUUGAUCAUUAACUUUUAGUUUUU